AAUUACACGUGUUGUUCUCCGAAAACUCAGUGGAGAAUGAUGACAUCAUAAACCUGAGGGACGACAAAAACUCAUGUGUAUGGAGAACAACCGGUAAAGAGUCUGUCUGACGGCUCACCUUCAUUAUAAAUAACCACGCUGCUCGGCCCAGCAGCUGUGCUUCCCCCUGACCUCUGACCUCUGACCUGACGCAGGCCUGUUUUUAGACAUGCCGCUAAACUACAUGCCAGACUUUAUUUGACUGUACAACCUAAUGUGAACUCUGUUUUGUGUCCUGGCGCGUUAAUGUCUUCUCUUGCCCAUCGUCGUCCUCUCAUCCAAGCCUGGAUCGGCUCGGCUGGCCCACGUCGCAGCAGAGGCAGAGCUGAACGCCCCCUUCGCCGACGAGCUUCCCUCCCGGCAGGCGCAGCUCACGGCGCUGAAAGACACCGAGGAGUUCGACGUGCUGGUUAUCGGAGGAGGGGCCACAGGGGCAGGAUGUGCCUUAGACGCUGUCACACGCAACCUGAAGACUGCCCUCGUGGAGAGAAGCGACUUCUCCUCUGGGACGAGCAGCCGCAGCACCAAGCUGAUCCACGGCGGCGUGCGCUACCUUCAGAAGGCCAUCAUGCAGUUAGACUACGAGCAGUACAUGAUGGUGAAAGAGGCGCUUCAUGAGCGAGCCAACCUCCUGGAGAUCGCGCCUCACCUGUCGGCACCGCUUCCCAUCAUGCUUCCUGUUUACAAAUGGUGGCAGUUGCCUUACUACUGGGCGGGGAUCAAGAUGUACGACCUGGUGGCUGGGAUCCAGUGCCUGAAGAGCAGCUACGUCCUCAGCAAGACCAAGGCCCUGGAGCAUUUCCCCAUGCUGAAGAAGGACAAGCUGGUGGGAGCGAUCGUCUACUACGACGGGCAGCACAAUGACGCCCGAAUGAACCUGGCCAUCGCCCUCAGUGCCGCUCGCUACGGCGGCGCCAUCGCCAACUACACUGAGGUGGUUCGCCUGCUGAAGACAAAAGACGAGGAGACCGGCAAAGAGAGGGUGUGCGGCGCCCGCUGCAGAGACGUCAUCACCGGAAAUGAAUUUGACGUGAAGGCGAAGUGUGUGAUCAACGCCACCGGCCCGUUCACGGACUCUGUGAGGAAGAUGGACAACCAGGAAACCAGGAACAUCUGUCAGCCCAGCGCAGGCGUCCACAUCGUCAUCCCCGGUUACUACAGUCCCGACAACAUGGGUCUGCUCGAUCCCGCCACAAGCGACGGGCGUGUCAUCUUCUUCCUGCCCUGGGAGAAGGUGACCAUCGCCGGCACAACCGACACCCCCACCAGCGUGACGGCUCACCCAAUCCCGGGGGAGGACGACAUCAACUUCAUCCUGAGGGAGAUCCGCAACUACCUCAGCCCUGACGUAGAAGUGCGGCGAGGUGACGUGUUGGCGGCGUGGAGCGGCAUCCGUCCCCUGGUGACCGACCCCAACUCCAAAGACACCCAGUCCAUCUGCAGGAACCACAUCGUCAGCAUCAGUGACAGCGGACUGGUCACCAUCGCCGGUGGGAAGUGGACCACCUACAGGUCCAUGGCUGAAGAGACUCUGGACGCUGCCAUCAAGUCUCACGGCCUCUCUGCUGAAUCCUGCAAGACGGUGGGUCUGAUGCUGGAGGGGGCGAAGGGCUGGACGCCGACGCUCUACAUCCGCCUGGUGCAGGACUACGGCCUGGAGCAGGAGGUCGCUCAGCACUUGGCCGCCACGUACGGAGGAAAAGCGUUCAACGUGGCCAAGAUGGCGCAGGUCACCGGGCAGAGAUGGCCGAUCGUCGGCAAACGGCUGGUGUCUGAGUUUCCGUACAUUGAGAGCGAGGUGCUGUACGCCAUUAAGGAGUACGCCUGCACCGCCAUCGACGUCAUCGCCCGACGAACGCGCCUGGGCUUCCUGAACGUGCAGGCGGCCGACGAAGCCCUCCCCCGCAUCGUCCAGAUCAUGGCGAAGGAGCUGGACUGGAGUCAGGAGAGGACGACGGCUGAACUGGACGCGGCGAGGAAGUUCCUGUACCACGAGAUGGGCUACAGGUCUCGUUCUGAGCAGCUGACCAAGACGUCCGAGAUCAACUUAGACUACCAGGAAGUGAUCAGAUACAAGAAACGUUUCCACAAGUUUGACAAAGAGAGCAAAGGAUUCAUCACCACGGUCGACGUCCAGCAAGUUUUAGGAAGCAUCAACGUUCACAUCGAUGAAAACGCGCUUCACGAAAUCCUCAACGAGGUCGACGUCAACAAGAACGGACAAAUAGAAAUAGACGAGUUCCUGCAGAGACAACAAGCAGCUGAUGAGCGCCGUGAAGAAGGGGCAGGUGUCGGACAGCCGGCUCGCCAUCCUGAUGAAGACGGCGGAGGAGACUCUGGAUGAGAGAGGCCCGGUGACGGUGGACCGCAGCGGGGGCGGAUUCUGAACGAGGAGGAUUUAAGGGACGCUGCGACGCCGCUCCUCCCAAGGUGGUAAUGACAACGACAACAACACAACAUGCAAAUGGUGCUAUUUGAAUGACAAUACAGUAAUCAAGCACACGAGCGGAUGGAUCGGUGACACUCCUGAUUCCUGAGAGCGAAAAGAGAACGUGAUGAUCGAGGCCGAUUUUCAAGAGGUGCCUCUCAUGUCACACAGCACACAGCCAACCUGUUUUAUACUCCGUCUUUUAAAAGUGACCUCCGCAGCUUCACUCACACUCCUUUUUUUUUUAACUUCUUUUUAAACGGCGCCGAUUGUUGAGGAGGAGCCGUCCUCCGUGUGACGCAGCUUCUCCUUCUUUAGUCCAGUUUGAUUUCACAGGUUCGUUAUUUCCUGAAAGUUUCCUGCAGAGAAUUUGUUUGAAAAGAUAAAAGAAUAUUGUGCAUAAGAUAAAACACCAUGAAAACGAUCCUAGAAGAAAACAGAGACGUCACAAACUGAAAACACGUCUCUCCAGCGAACUUGAGGAAACAAUGUCCUGUAAAUAAAGUUCUGAGCACUGGUGGUUUAAUAUUUGAUAUUUACUGGGGUGUUUAAAGCACCGAGACGUUUCUGAAGCUCUUCUGUCGGCUGUUCUUUGUCUCUCUGGGUUUUUAAAUGUAAAAAAGAUUUAACAUCUAUUUGUCCACAUCGAUCUUCUGACGUUUACAUGACGAGCUUUAGUUUUCAAAUCACUGCUGUUACUGUUCUUUCCACGCACGUGUAUUUUUCCAGACUUAUUUAUUCUUUUCUCCUCAGAGAUUCUAGAUUUUAACUUUAUUUUAAAGUGCAUCUCUGAAACAGGAUGUUGUCAUUGCCACACGUUGACGUAUAUUUCCUUUUCUUUUUUGAUUUGAGCAGCUGUAUUAACGCACACUCAGUCUGUGGGACUGGUUUAUAACCCUGCAUGCUGUCCGCUGAUUGUAAUGAGAGUUUUAAAGCAGAUUAAUGUCGUCGCAUGUUUGGUUUUAAGAGUUUAGUGGUUUUCUUCUUUAAAUGGUGGAUGUCUGAAUAUAUAUAAUUAUAUAUAUUUACCUUCAUGUGCCUCGAAUAUGACACUUAACUCCUCACGCUCUGUUUCACAAACAAGUUCAGGAAACGAUGUAGAGAUACUGAUCAUUUAUAAGAGUUUUUAAAAUGCUUUGUGUGUUUGUAUGUGUGAGAACUUGAGGCCUGUUGUUAAUCUUUUAUUUUGAAAGGCAUGUAUAUGUACACUGUGCUUCCUUAUUGCCUUCACGUUUAUUCUCAUGAGUACCUUCAGCUGGACUCUGAUCAUUUUUAUGCAGUAAACCGAAUCAUUCCGUUCUCCACCAAACACUGGAGCUGUGACUGACGUGUGUGUUUGUGUGUGUGAGAGAGAGAGAGAGAGAGACGACCCUUCAAACUGCCAACGCCGGUCCGUCAGCCAUCGCUCGUGGGCAGCAGCACCACGUAAAUCCUGAUGUCUGAUUGUCUCCUGCGGGAUGAAAUUUCAGCUUUAUCCCGACUCAAAGAGAAUCAUGUUCCUGCUUCUUGUUGUUUUUGCUCCAGAGCAGCUCCAGAGUCUGCGGGUCUAAAAAAAGACCAAGCAAACAAAGUCAUUAUCUCAUUAAAUGUAUCCGGUUGCUUGAGAAGCUUUUGUGCCGUUUGUGUGUUUCUCGUGAGCAUCAGUCAAACCUGGCGUCAGAGAGCGGCCGAGCGACGUGAACCGGACACACGAGGAUUUUCUCUUUUGCCUUUGUUUGUUUCGGUUUAUUGUCUCAUUUCUUCUGUCAAGUGAUUUUAAAUUGUGUCUGUCUCUCACCACAAAGUCCAUUUGGUUCUUACAUCAAAUCACAUGAUGAGUUUAUUCAAUUGAAUUCAUUCAUUAAAUGUUUCACAUGUAAAACUCA